GCUUGGGGGGCUGGAAAGUGGUUUUGCGGACGGGAAGGUGGAAAAGGGGAGGGGGAGACGGUGGCUGGCGGUGGGGGUGCCCCGAGAGGAUCGCACUAAUUGGCUUGGCUGGCAACGCUCGAUCUGGGCGCUAGGGCUGGGUAUCAGCCCAGGGUAGGCGGGAGUGUGGGAGGUGUUGCUGAGGGGGCCAGAGAAAGCGAGAGGGGAAAGUUGCGGAGGCGGAGAUAAAGCGCCGCUUUGCCCGUGCUGGGAAAGGUGUCUGAGCCCCUGGAGGAAGAGGGCAAGAGAGCGGCCCGUUCACUCAGGCAAUUAGUGGGGGGAGGAAGUGGUGGCGGUGGCGAUGCAGUCACCAUCGUCGGCCCGACCCCUGCAGCACUGAGACCUCCCGGUCCUUUCUUGGACCGGAGGCAAGGCGAGUUCUGCAGAGGAGGAAAAGGCGGAGGAACUUUCUAGGGACGCGGAUCUGCUCAUUCUUUCCAAGGCUCCUCUGAGUGGGUCUUCAGUACUAGCAACAAGGCGAUCCUCUGUGGAAGGGACACAGAACCUUCUCAAAUUGCAGGAUCCAGGCCCUUAUUUAUUAUGCGAGUCGUGAUCACCCAGGAGGAGAAGGAGGAGGAAGAGGACUUUUAAGUUGGCGCUGAUGCCAAGAGCUUGAUUGCUUCGUCCUGCCUUUUCCUUUCUUAGUGGCACUUCUCUCCAUCUCGCUGGAUGAGCCAGUUUAGGGGUGCUUUCCCGCUGAACCCCCCGCCAAGUACCGCAGCUCCAAAAACUCAAGAUCGGCCCCUGAGGAACGUGAGAAGCUGCAGCAGCCUCAGCUGGACUUUGAUGGUAUAAACUGCUGCCGCCGGAGGCCUAGAGACUGAUUGUUUGGUGCAGAGAGAUCCAGGCUGAGAAACGUGGACUUCGGCUUAAAAACAAGUUUGGAUCCCCAAGCCCGUGUGUGCGGUUGUGGUCCACAUUUUUCAUCCAGGAUACAAAAUGGCGCUGCCGGGAUGGAGAAAAUUGGGGUCUUUAGUGUGUGCUGAUUCCUUUUGGACUUUCCUCUUGGUCUUCCAAACGUUCGUGGGAUCCGGCUUCUCUGUGGAGUGGCAGCUCUGCAACUCCAGCUGUACGUGCAGUGGUGAUCUUCUGGACUGCAGCAACCGGGGGCUAGAAGAAGUUCCUAAGGAACUGCCCACCUGGGCAGUGUAUGUAAGCCUGAACCAUAACAAGUUGACAGAGAUUGAUCCAUCUGCUUUUGCAACGCUACCAAACUUACAGGAAGUGCGACUGAAUAACAAUGAACUGACAGCCAUUCCAUCCCUGGGAGCAGCUUCAGCCCACAUAACCGCCCUCUACCUGAAUCGCAACAAGAUCCAUAACAUCGAAGCCAGCCAGCUGGAGCCCUAUGUUGCCCUGGAAACGUUGGACCUGAGCUCAAAUAACAUCACGGAAAUCCGAAGUGGCUGUUUCCCAGUGGGCCUUCAUAUAAAGGAUCUCAACCUGGGGAGCAACAGAAUCAGCACCCUGGAGAUCAAGGCUUUUGAUAGCCUGUCACGAUCCCUACUAACGCUUCGCCUGAGUAAAAACAGGAUCACCAACCUUCCUGUUAAGGCAUUCAAGCUGACCAAGCUAACACAACUGGAGCUAAACCGGAAUCGUAUUCGCCUCAUUGAAGGCCUGACCUUUCAAGGGCUGGACAGCUUAGAAGUUCUGAAGCUGCAGCGGAACAACAUAAGCAAAUUGACUGAUGGAGCCUUUUGGGGUCUGGCCAACAUGCAAGUCCUGCAUCUGGAGCACAACAUCCUCACAGAGGUGAACAGCGGCUCUCUCUAUGGACUUGCAUCUCUCCAGCAAUUCCAUCUCAGUAACAACUUGAUAUCCCGCAUCAAGCCUGGCGGAUGGAACUUCUGCCAGAAGCUGAAUGAACUGUCCUUGUCGUUUAACAACCUAACCAGACUGGAUGAGGGGAGUUUAGCAGACUUGGGAGGGCUACAGAUACUACACCUCAACCACAACUCCAUCAGCCACAUUGCAGAGGGAGCGUUCAAGGGACUCAAGAGCUUGCGUAUUCUGGAUCUGGACCAUAAUGAGAUUUCAGGCACAAUAGAAGACACCAGUGGGGUCUUUACAGGCCUGGAAAACCUAAGCAAGCUAACUCUGUUUGGAAACAAGAUCAAGUCUGUGGCCAAGGAGGCGUUCUCAGGCUUGGAGACCCUGGAACACCUGAACCUUGGAGAUAAUGCAAUACGGUCUGUUCAGAUGGAUGCAUUUGUCAAGCUGAAGAACCUGAAGGAGCUCCACAUAAACAGCGAGAGUUUCCUGUGUGAUUGUCAUCUCAAGUGGUUGCCACAGUGGUUAGCCAGGAAAGACCUGCAGCUGUUUGUGGUAGCCACCUGUGCCCACCCUGGGUCAUUAAAGGGCAGAAGCAUUUUCGAUGUGGUGCCAGAAAGUUUUGUUUGUGAGGAUUUCCCCAAGCCCCAGAUUAUUGUUGAGCCAGAAACGACGAUGGCCGUCCUUGGCAAGAACAUCCGCUUCACUUGCUCUGCUGCCAGCAGCAGCAGCUCCCCCAUGACCUUUGCCUGGAAGAAGGACAAUGAAAUCCUGCACCAUGCGGAGAUGGAGAACUUUGCUCACGUCCGGGCCAGAGAUGGGGUGGUGAUAGAGUACACCACCAUCCUGCACCUGCGCCAUGUCACUUUUGACCACGAGGGACGCUACCAGUGCAUCAUCACCAACCAUUUUGGCUCUUCCUACUCUCUCAAAGCUCAGCUUACUGUGAAUGUGUUGCCUUCAUUCAUCAAAACCCCCCAUGACAUUGCGGCCCGGACAGGGACAACAGCCCGGUUGGAGUGUGCGGCCGGUGGACACCCCACCCCACAAAUUGCAUGGCAGAAAGAUGGAGGCACUGAUUUCCCCGCAGCCCGUGAGCGUCGGAUGCAUGUCAUGCCUGAUGAUGAUGUCUUCUUCAUUACGGACGUGAAGAUAGAGGACAUGGGCAUUUACAGCUGCACUGCCCAGAACUCUGCUGGCUCUGUGUCUGCAAAUGCUACCCUGACUGUGCUAGAGACACCGAGCUUGAUUCAUCCACUGGAAGAUCGCAUUGUAUCUGUUGGGGAAACUGUGGUCUUGCAGUGCAAAGCGACUGGAAGUCCACCUCCCCGUAUUACUUGGCUAAAAGGUGACCAGUCUCUGACAGUUACCGAGAGGCAGCAUUUCACCCCUGGCAACCAGCUGCUGAUUGUCCGGAAUGUCAUGAUGGAAGAUGCUGGGAGAUACACUUGUGAAAUAUCAAACAUUGUUGGAACAGAGCGGGCGCACAGCCAGGUUAGCGUGUUGCCGUCACUUGGCUGCCGGAAAGACGGAACCACAGUUGGGAUCAUCACCAUUGCUGUUGUGUGCAGCAUCGUUUUGACUUCUCUGGUUUGGGUGUGCAUAAUAUAUCAAACCAGAAAGAAGAGUGAAGAAUACAGUGUCACCAACACAGAUGAGACCAUUGUGCCACCGGAUGUGCCAAGCUAUUUGUCUUCCCAAGGGACAAUUUCGGACAGACAAGAAGCAGUGGUCAGAAUAGAAAAUGGCCAGCAGCCGAAUGGGCACAUACAGAGGAAUGGCACUUGCCGGACCGAUUCAGGGAGGGGGGCAGAGAUGGAUGCUCACCCCAUUGUUUAUCGACAGCCAAAGCUCUGCUUAGGAUAUAAUAAAGAAGCAUGGAAAGGAGAGGAUCUAGCUGACAGGAUGCUUGUUGCAGACAAGACAGGGUACGGUUUGCCUGUUGUAUGCACCGAAUGCAGCGGGAGCACGGAGAGCAGGAACGUCACCAUUUACCCCAACAAUCCAGAUUAUUGCCCUCCGGCUGCAGAGGCUGCAGUGCCCCCGAAUGCAUGCACCAGCAACGAAACCAGCAGGCCUGACAGCACACCAUCCACUCCCUGCCAAAGUCCUCCAAUGUGCAACGGGAGCAUGAGCAACUGGAAAGCAGAUGGCAGCGGUGGCAUCUACCCCAGCAAUCAUGAUAGGAUGCCAGCUGUUAGUGCUAGCAAGCCACUUCAAGUGGAGAGCAAAGGUUCCUCACCACUUUUAGCCAAGUCCUCUGAGCCUUAUGGCAUUGUACUGCCUUCUGAAGGUUCAUUGACGUACCUAAAAGGACCAGCUGACAUUACACAGACAUUACCAGAACUGGAAGCUAAACAAACGCUUCUCUCCAAUGGACACUUACCAAGGUCACAUGACUCCUUUCAUGAAUUAAUGUGCUGAAGAUCACAUUGGACUGAGGAAUCUUGCUGUGUGCAAAUCAAGCAGAACGUCCUUUGUGUCUACAGAUUUCUUUGCACAGAAUGAUCUAGGCUACUUCUACCUCAAGUUCUGAACUGACAGCCUCUCAAAGAAAACAAAAUGAGGUACAAGCAAGCUUGUGUUGGGGAACCAAGUCCUCUCCAAGCAGUGCCCACCUGUACAUAGUUUUGAAACUUCCAUGAGAAGUAUCAGUUGCUCACAUGUUGGCUUGCAUACAAAGCACAGAAAUGCAAAAGAUUCUUGUGUAAAGUGAAAAAAGUAUUUGAUAACAAAUUUGUACAUAAGAGUUUUCAUAUAUACAAAUCUAUCUAUAUUAUAUAUCUUCUAACAGAGGUUAUUUUAUUCCUUGGUGCAUGGUUAAACUGAGUGAAAUAAUACAAUGUUAACAACAUGCAUUGUUUUCUCACUAUAAGGCUGCUGUUCAGCUCCUGCCCCGCAAAGUAACCCUUCUGGUGCCUUAGUUGGAGCUCCAAGGACAGGCCCAUACACUUUUCAUGGAGCAGACCAUGAAAAGUUCCCUUUCUAUAGCAAGUCAUGAAUUGGCGGCUGGUUGAAAUAUACCCUCAGAAAUGUUGCACUUAAAAGUUGAAGCCAAGAUCUUCUCUUGGUUCAACAUGGUUGGGCAGAGACUAUACAAAAUGCCCCAGGAUUAUCUCAUACUUGCAAUAGAGCAGACGUUGUUAAGAUGUGCUGUGGUGCAGUUCCCCUUCAUGCAGUUGGGCUUGCACUGGAGAAUUGGGGGUGUGGGGGAUCUGGUAAUCGCACAUGCUAUUAAAAUAUUUCAGUAGUGGUGCUUUAAACAACCGAUCUGUUUAUUUGCAUACAAACAUUCAAAUCUGUUUGACUAAAUGUAGAUGCACGCUACCCUGUGCAGGAUCGCAACUUGUUCUAUGUUGAGUGAUCCUUCCCCUAGCAAUGAUUUGUGCAUCCCAGUGGAACAGCAUUGAACUCUCAUGAACACCUCAGAAACAGCAAAAAGAAGACGGGUACUGAUUUGUGGACUGUGUGUUGCUCUGCAAUUUGUCUGGUGCAAAUCCCUUUAUAUUUUCCUUGUGACAUCUGUGAUAAAGCAUCUUAGUACUAUCCAUGGAGAUCUCCAAAGCUGUUACUUCCUGCAGUAAUCUGACUCACCAAAAAAAAUCCAUUUGCACACAGAGGCCCAAGAUUCUGUCUCUUGGCCAGUCUUUUCUUUCUCUGGCACUUCUCGCUUGGAAGCCAGCAUCCUGGUUGGUUAUUCUUUCUGAUUUAAAGUAACUUCUUCAAAUUGUAUACAGUCUUAGCUUUUAAGCUCCUGUAAGAGUAUUUUUUGUGUUUUUAAACAAAAUUCAAAGAUGUAACCACAGUAGGCUACUGUUUUUAUUUUAUUUUAAUACUGGUUUGAGAGCUAUCACCUCAAGCAUGUUAAAAAAGUAAGCAAGCAAACAGCCAAUGUGAACAGAUGCAGGAACAAUUGUUUUACUUAACGAGCAUGUUUUUAUUUAUAGAAGUGCUGCUGCUUUUCUUGCUGUUUGUACCUGUGUAAUGAAAAUUUCAUUUCCCCCCAGCUGUAAUCCAGGCUCUGCUAAAACAGGGCUGCUGAGCUUAAAUUAUGACUGGGGUUAUGAGGGAUGGCAGUUUGUGUGCUCUGUUUUUCUCUUAGCCAUGACUAAAGGCCAGUUUCAGAAGGAGCAAAGCUGAGGGGGAAAGCUCCAUUUAGGCCAGUAGAGUAGAUGGUCAAUUAAGGAUUCAGGCUAGUAGGAUGUCUUCAGGCCCUACCUGUGAGGCCCAAUUCUAUGGGAUGACACACACAAGUGGUCUUAAACUAGCUCUAAAGCCAACCAUCUUGUUUAGAUUUUUCUGUACUAAAUGUGGUGUUUGUUAAAUAUGUCCUUGCACCAAUUUUUCUCCCAACACCUCUCCCCAUAUUAGAAAAUGGCCUCAUGAAACAGCAUCAUAAUACUAACUUAACACAAGGUUUCCCCUCACUUCCUAAGGUACGUUCUCCCCAACAUCAGUGCCUUCCACUGCAGCUGCAUAGGAAACAACCACCAUUUGCGGCCUGCUAGCUAUAGGUAUUUUACCCCGUGUGUGCGCGUGCAUGCAGGCAUGCGUAUUGGGAGGAAGGGGGCUUUCCUCUAAUGGGAAUGCUGGUAAAACACACCUUCUCCCUUAAUACUUGUAAGUACUGUAAAGAGCUGGCCAUUCUGCAACCCUAUUAAAAGAGCCCCAUUCCCACUCAAAUCACUGAAGCCAGCAUAGACUUGUCAAGCCAGGACUUUAAGCCAGGGGUAGGGGGAAAGGAUACAACAAUAAAGCCCAAGGCAAGUAUUGCCAUCUGCUUGUUGCCUGAAGCUGGCCUUUAUUAAGCAAUGCAUAAUUUAGCCAGCUACCUGUCUCUAUCACUUCCUAACAGUAGACACACUUGCACUUUGUGGUAGGUGGCUAAUUAUGUAAAGUGCCAACUUGUCGCUAUUCAGUGAUUUUUUUUGAUUUUUUUUAAGAGUGGCCAAUAGGAAAAAGAAAAGAAAACCCCCAAGAGUGCAUAUUUCCCCUUGAUUGUAAAGGAAGCGAUAUGUUUUCUGAGGAGGCAAACUAGUAAAAGGUUAGGUUUAUGGGAUAUACACACAGAAAGGCAUAGGAAAUAAGUAUCAUCAUCGGAAAUGCUAAGCACACUUGCCAUGUUAACGUUUUGAAAGAUAAUGUAUUUUUGGAUACGGUUAACUGAUUAGGUAAUGUUGUUACUUCCACUAAAUAUGUGAAUCUGCUGCUUCUGCGAGGCAAUGUGAAAGAGGAAGUAUUACUUUUGUGUACAAAGUUAUUUAUUUAUUAGAAAUUUUUGGUACAAUGUUGUACAUUGAGAUGUACAUUGUAAAGAAUAUUGGAAGUGUCUAACAAAUGGCAUUGAAGUGUCUUUAAUAAAGGUUCAUUUAUAAUAUCA